UCGAGCACUUCCCCAAAACUACAAUACUUCUUUCACAUUGUGGGUCGGCUGUUGCCGUUGAGGGCUUUAUUCUUUGGAAAAUCAUAAUAUCAUCAGAUAUAUAUGAGAGUGAGGAGAUGGCAUCUGACAUCUGUCAGGAAGAGUUGGACUUUUCAGACUUGUUUCUCUACAAUGCACCUGGCGAGGACUUUUCUGCUGGCUAUAUCCCAGAUGACGGCAAUCAACCCGCCGUACUUGAGGAUAGGCCAGCCGAAGACAGCUCAUCAGAGGUGGCAUUUGGCUCCGGGUACCCGAGAACAAGACGGGAGCUCAUUCCGGCUCCCGGUCCCAGGAUUGAGAUCACUCCAUCGGCGGGGGACUGUUUCACCCUUCAGGCCUUAGAGCAAAGCCCCGGCUUCAAAGCCCUUGGAGCCUACCGGGAGUGCGCGAGCCCCGCGAGCAGCAACUCCUCCGCAGGUUUAACAGCGGAUGGGUGCUCUCCAUCAGUAUCGCCAUGCAUCUCCCCUUCCAACAGAGGAGCUUGUGCCACGGAGCACUCCACCAUAGAUAUCUGCUCCUUUAUUCAGGAUAUCCAAACAUCUUCAGCCCAGUCUUCUCCUGCCAAUAGCUUCAGCGAGGAGCUCUUUCUCCUGCCUGAGCACCGAGUCCCCCCCUCGCUAUUUGUCCACCGACGUUGCCGUUCUGCGUCACCGCAAGGCAAGCGCGCGCACGAGCAGGUCCUUCCUUGUCCGGGGGCCACUCCUGUCAAACAACGUUCCCGUAGCCCGAGUCCUAUCCCACUGCACGGCUCCUACCCCCUCCAUCACAGCCAGGUUCCGGAUGAGCACCAGAGCCAAGGCCAGGCCUCCGGGCUGUGCUUAAACGACAAGGUGAGCGGCCGCAUCUUUUCUCAAGAUGUGGCGUUAGGUGCAAAUAGGCAGAGGCCAGCUUGCGUGUACAGGGAGGGUCACCACGAGCUGGAGAGGGUUGGCAGGCUAGAAGAUGAAGCCAGACUUGGAGGCUUCCGUGUACUCCCAACUUCAUGGGCUCCUCCUCAUCCCGUCCACUUUGGAGCAUUCGGAGGUCUAUCCUUGGCACCUCUACCUUCUCUGGACUGGCCGUUACCCAGCCGGACGAGUCAGUACGAGCUAGUGAUCAAGUCCCAGCCCAGGUCUCACCACAGAGCUCACUACGAGACAGAGGGUAGCCGCGGACCUGUCAAAACACCUACCGGAGGACACCCUGAAGUCCAGCUCCUGGGUUACAGAGGCACGGCGCCGCUCGGCCUGCAGGUCUUCAUCGGCACGGCCGACGAAAGGCUGAUGAAAGCUCACGCCUUCUACCAGGCCCACCGCAUCACCGGCAAGACCGUGACCACGCCCUGCACGGAAAGGAUGCUCAACGGGACCAAAGUGUUAGAAAUCCCUCUCCAGCCAAACAACCACAUGACAGUGGUGGUCGACUGCGUCGGAAUUCUCAAGCGGAAAAACAUUGACAUCGAGCUGCGGAACGGCGAGACCGACGUCGGACGCAAAAACACUCGUGUGCGCUUGGUGUUUCGUGUUCACGUACCGCAACCUGGAGGCCAAUGGGUGUCACUCCAAGCGGCCUCUCAUCCAAUCGAAUGCUCCCAGCAUUCAGCUCAGGAGAUCCCUCUGGUCAAGAUGCAGAACCUGGACCGAUGCUCCGUACUUGGUGGCCAACAAAUGAUCCUGACCGGGCAGAACUUCAGUUAUGACGCCAGAGUGAUGUUCUCAGAGAAGGCACACGACGGCCAACAAAUCUGGGAGGUGGAGGCAAAUGUGGAGCGAGAGAACAAACAAUCUAAUAUGUUGAUUGUUCUGGUGCCUCCGUAUCGGGAUGGCACCAUUUGUCACCCGGCCAAAGUCAACUUCUAUGUCAUCAAUGGGAAGAAGAAGCGCAGUGAGCCUCGCCACUUGAUCUACACCCCCGUGAUAGACAUUAAAACAGAGCCACUGGAUGGGUGGCAAGAGCGUGACUACUCCCACCCUCGGUCCGACACGCAAACAAAGUCACCCUUCCGUCGGCCGGAGAAGGAGAGAAGUCUCCAACCGUUCAGUGUGCUCGCAUCAGAUCCGUGGAAUUACCACGCAGUCCUUUACCAGUCAAGGACAACUGGUCUCAUCAAUGAGCCAGAUAUUUUACACCCUACAAACCAGCUUUAUCAUCCAAGCAAUGCUACCAGCAUCCGCAAAGUUCGGGGUUCCAAUGUCCUAACGGCAACAGACAAACUGAGUCAGGUUCCUCAGGCCUAUUCAUCGACAAGACUUCAAAGUUUUGUGCAAGCAAAGAUGGCGUCUUCCAGAUUGGUCCAAAGUGACACAUGUGGGAAGUCUUCACCCCGGACGGACUCGAGCGGCGCCGACCGAGAAUCUCAGACUCAUCAUGAGAGGGUUGCAGUAAAACAGGAGGACCUUAGCUGUGUCUACCUUGAAGACGUGAAUGACAUCAUACGAAGAGACCUGACAGCUCAUCACAGUGACGCUGCUGGAGGCCACCCAGACUCCAAGAAGAACGUGACAUAAUCGGAAAAAAAAUCAAACCCGCUCAUCACCGACAUCGUCGGCUUUUGCAUUGACUGCUUUGUGAUGUCAUCAGUGAUUUUUAAGUCAGCUUUUACAAGUUGUACCUUUCAAGUGAUUGUGA